GGCUAUUUGCUUGAAGUGUUUUCUUGCUGCAGCUCCAACUCGCCUGCAGAGCGAGAGUCUCCGUGGGGUUAAAGCGAAGGAAGAGGCGCCGUGAAACCAGAAGGAGGCGGAGUAGGAGGGGAAUCCUUCACAUCAGAGAAGAAGCAAAGGGGGAGAUAAUAAAGCGAGCCCUGACAGAAAAGAUCAGGUGUCCGCGGCAAGAGAAACCGGAGAGCCGCCUCUCUUGCGCUGGAAAAUGGAGCUACCCGCCGCUGGAGAGCACGUCUUUGCGGUGGAGAGCAUCGAGAAGAAGCGCAGCAGAAAGGGGAGGGUCGAGUAUCUGGUCAAGUGGAGAGGAUGGUCUCCAAGAUACAACACAUGGGAGCCAGAGGAAAACAUCCUGGAUCCAAGGCUGCUCGACGCUUUCCAAGACAGGGAACGUCAGGAGCAGCUGAUGGGUUACCGCAAGAGAGGACCCAAGCCUAAGCACCUUCUUGUUCAGGUGCCGUCGUUUGCCAGGAGGUCCAACAUUCUGGCGAACCUUCAGGGGGCGUCCCUGGAAGACGACGGCUGUCAGAAGUCCGGCCCUAUCCAGAUGAUUCGCCCGCAGGCCCAGCAGUUCCAGCUGAACAGCAGGAAGCUUCACCAGUACCAGCCGCUGAGCAGGGAGCGUGAGGCCGAGCAGCAAUCCAACGGCAAGAAGUUCUUCUACGAGCUCAACAGCAAGAAGCACCACCACUACCAGCCGGACCUGAAGCUGCACGAACCCGUUUACCCCAAGCCCCGGGACGUCAAGGCCCCGGAGCUGGCGAACAAAGGGUACAACCUGCCGGCGGUGCUGCAGCAGAAGUGGGUUCGGGACAAAGACUCGGGCUGUCUGACCAAAGUGAAGGACAUCACCAUGGAGCUGAAGAAACUGCCAGCCGACCUUAACGGACAGAAGGGGACAGAGAGGGCGAAACCGAAAGAGGACGCCUCCCCGCAGUCCAACGGCGUCAGCGGCGGUAAGCUGAAGAUCGUCAAGAACAAGAACAAGAACGGGCGGAUCGUCAUUGUCAUGAGCAAAUACAUGGAGAACGGAAUGCAGACCGCCAAGAUCAAAAACGGCGACUCCGAAGAUGCGGAGAGGCCACUGCAAGGAGCGGAGAGCAGCGUGGAGAGGCACCUGGCAAAGAUGAAACUUGUUAAGCAGCUUGGCCUAAUGAACGGAUUCGCCAAGCAACCCAAAGACGAUCCGGCCGUUCCCAGUUCUGGAAUAAAAGGAGAUUGCUGCAAGCAGAAGGAACUGUCCCUUCAAGCAGAGCGGACUGCCAAGGAGCAGGACAGACCCACGGAGGUCGGGGGCGAGGGGCGCCUUCCGCAGGAUCAGCCUUUACAGCUGACCAACAAGCUUGAUCUCCCCUCAGAGAGGGGCGCUCCAGAGAAAACGGGAGCCCAGAACAGGCUUCACGGAGGACUAAAGCGACACCUUUCAGACGCGGACGCCGAGGAACACGGAUGCAGUAAAAGGUUUCUGAGUUGCAGGAGCAUCAGCGCUCCUGACACGGUGGACUCGCCCUCCCAAAGCGCCGUCGUUGACCAAAACGGACGCCAGAGUCCGGCUCUACAGCAGGACUACGGCUACCAAGACCAGGACGAACCCAUGGACCUUAGCAUCGUCAAGUCGAGGCCCGCGCCUUCAGCCUGUGCCGAGCCGGAGACGGGGACGCGAGCAGAGGAGCACGCGCAUUCACACGACGACACGCACACACAGACGGACACGCACACGGAAAGCCAGACUGAAACACACGAGCCGUCAGAGGAGGAGCGAGCUGACUCUGCGUCUGGUUCCCACCAGCAAGCCAGAAGAGACGAGGCCUUCCCUUCGUUCCAGCCUUGCCUCGGGAACAUAGUCAUCACGGACAUUACUGCGAACUGCCUCACGGUUACCUUUAAGGAAUACAUAUCGGCAUAACACAACCGGGUACCGCCCCGGGGACUGGCAUACCAUAUAUAUAUAUAUAUAUAUAUAUUUGUAUUUUCUGAUUCCUGAAUGUACAAAUGAAACUUUGAUGUUGUUUUCAUUUUGUAAAACUCCAGAGUUAAUCAAAGAGGGAGGAGUAGGAGGAGGAGGGGACCCUUUUUGUGCUUUUCUUGCAUAUUUUCUAAGUAGAAGCCCAACAUGUUGUUAUUUCAAAUUUCAAACCUAAUCUGAGCUGCAGAUAUUUAAAUGAAUAAUCGCCUCUUGAAACUCUUGCCUAACCUGCACUUACUUUUGUAGACAGUCGUGAUUUUUGUAUGCGUAUAAUUUGAUUUAUACACACCCAGGCUGUCUACUUUACGGAUAACGUCAGAUAAACGUAGGCUUUAAAGGGAGUUUUUUUUUUUUUUUUUUUUGUAAGGAAGAAAAUUAUAUUGAAUCAAGGUACAUUACACUGUGUCAGAGUAUGUGUGUGCAUGUGUGUGAGAGAGAGAGAGAGAGAGAGAGAGAGACAGUUUUAAAGAAGAAUGCGUGCUGCUUGGAUGUUAAUGAUGCCUUUAGGCGUGCUUAGACAGGCAAAUAAAGAAAAGGAUGCACCUUUACCGUCAAUUUGUGUCGUAGAAACAGAAGAGGGGAGACGCGUGAGCUCUUCUGUGGUUCCCGUUAGAUCUGUUUGGAGAAACUUGCGCCCCCCCCCAUGGGAUCUUAAAACCGUCACUUCCGUUUAGUCUGCAGCGUCUGUUUUUAACCUUCUCACAAGAUCUAAUUUUUAUGGAAUAUCAGGCAAAAAUCACCUUUGGAGACAGAAGCUGCCAUUUUUUAAGUGUGUAACUACCAGAUAACAUUUCAGACAACAUUUUGUCCUACUGGCUCCGUGGGAUCUGAGGCGCAGCGAGCACCCCUGUGAGAACGCGAGCUCGCUGAUGGGCAAACCAAAAAAA